GGUUCAUCAAAUACGUCAACUAAUUUUGGAUUUUGUUGUUCCGGCAAACAAAUAGAACAAUCUGUUAAAACAGAUAAACUAAUACAACUACUGCUAAGUAUUAGGUAUUAGUAACAAAUCCAAUUAUUUAACGGGCAGUGCAGUGAGAGAGAGCAUCGAAACAGGCUUGUGAAGUUAGUCUUCUUUCUUCAACAUCCAUCACCUACCCUCAGUUUGAGCCUUGAGGGAGAAAAAAAAUAUAUAUAAUUUUCUUGUCUUCAGAUGGAAAGGUCGUCUCUCUCUGUAAUCAGAAACCAGAAUCUAUGGUGCGCUUAGGUUGUCUGAUCAACUCUCUCCUCUGCCCCUUUCCCGUCAACGUCAAAUUGGCAAAUUGAACUGACAGAAAUUAUCCGUUAUCCUCGAAAUCAAUCAAAAUUAUCCGAAACAGAAAGCAAGACGGAUCCGCCGGUGGAGCCAAGGAAGGGCCCCGACUGUAUGGUGGGGUUGGAGUGCUUUCUGGACGUCGUCAGGGCACUCGGCAUGGGCUCCUGCCUCUCCCUGGAAAGUGGGUCAGCCUACGGCCCAGUCCCUUCCUCCCCAGGGCCGGGCAACAAGAGGAGGAAGAGGAGGGUGACUGGGAACUCCUCUGCCACGGCGGUAGCGCCGCCUUCCAAUAAUCUGGAGAUGUGGCUGCACAGAAUCCCUGGCAGGCAGUUCCUGAAUGGUUCCUCUGAUUUUGCUUCCUUGUUCUGCAAGCAAGGCAAGAAAGGGGUCAAUCAGGACGCCAUGAUUGCUUGGGAGAAUUUUGGUUCCCCGGAUACCAUAUUUUGUGGUGUUUUUGAUGGGCAUGGCCCUUUUGGCCAUGUGGUUGCAAAGAAGGUGAGGGAUGCUCUACCUUUGAAGUUGACUUCACAAUGGGUAUUGACUAAUAACGCCAAGAAAGGGGCUGCUGAUGAUACCAACGAGACUGCUUCAUAUCAAGACCACAAGGAUAACGACCACUGUGAGCUUUUUAUGACAUUGAAAGAUUCUUUUCUGAAGGCUUUUAAGGUCAUGGACAAGGAGCUCAAAUUGCAUCCUCGUAUUGAUUGCUAUUGCAGUGGGACAACUGCUGUUACCUUGGUCAAGCAGGGCCAGGAUCUUGUUAUUGCAAAUGUUGGGGACUCUAGAGCUCUACUAGGCACCAGAGAUGAAGAUGGCUCCCUCGUUGCUGUUCAGUUGACUGUAGACCUCAAACCAAAUCUUCCAAGGGAAACAGAGAGGAUUAUGCGGUGUAAAGGACGAGUAUUUGCUCUCCAAAACGAGCCUGAGGUCGCUCGAGUUUGGUUGCCCAACAGUAAUUCACCUGGCCUUGCCAUGGCACGGGCUUUUGGAGAUUUCUGCCUAAAGGACUUUGGUUUAAUCUCUGUCCCCGAUAUUUCUUAUCGUCGCCUCACUGAGAAGGAUGAAUUUGUAGUAUUGGCUACUGAUGGGAUAUGGGAUGUCCUCUCAAAUGAAGAAGUGGUAAAAAUAGUAGCAUUAGCUCCACGAGCCUCUGCUGCUCGAGCCCUGGUAGAGUCAGCAACUCGAGCUUGGAGGUCAAAAUACCCAUAUGUCAAGGUUGAUGAUUGUGCUGUGGUUUGCCUCUUCCUCACUGCCAGUACAUCUGACAUUAGUUCCGAUUUCUCACCAACCGGAGAGGAAAUGAGCUCUGGAAAUUCUUCCCAAUAUCAGGAUGGGAGCUAGUAUUAAGAAACAUCAGAAGCAGUGGCAUAUACUUUUAUGACUUGCCCUGAGCCUUGUUGAUUGUAGGGUCAUUAGUUUUGUUAUCAUUGUCUAUAUUUCUUUUCCUUCUUAUCACCAUUUUAUUGAUUUUUAUUUUUUUAUAAAAUCUUGGAAAAAGGUUUGAGAGUUUCAUUUAGAUUGGUUGGAAGAGAGACGUGUUAUUUCCUUGUCUCUCUUUAGCAGUGUCGAUUGGAGUUUUUGUAAAUACAUGUCUUGAAGCCUUCUUGUUCUUCAUUACAAAGGCUACCCUGAUUUUAUACGUUGGUGGGUGGUUGGAAAUUUUAUCCAUGAGUUGUUCUUAUAUUUCUGCAUUUAA